AUGAAGCAGACGAUGAUCAGACGGUUUAGUACGAGUUCGAGAAGCUGUUUUAAGAGGAAAUCUGCACACGGCGAUGUGUUUAGAGCGCUACCCAAGGUGCCGACGACACAGUUUCUGGAGAGUCGAGAACUGACAAGGGAUAUCCUCUUCAGUGGGUAUCGGCCUGUGACGUAUCCGGUGAAGGAGAAUCCGUUGUUUAGUGGCAGGGCUCGGCGAGGCGAGGCGGUGAUGGGCGAACAGGCUGGCCGCGAAUCGAGUGUGGAAGAGGACGCGGGGAAGCAGACAUUCACAGUGAUGUCGGGACCUCGCGGCUGCGGCGGGAUCAAGUCCGGCGGAGUCAAUGGGACGUGGAGAUACGGUCCACGGGUACCGAACAAGCUGGUCCCGUACAACCUGUGGUCCACGACGACUAUGGGGAUGGAGUAUUUCCCGGAGUGGAUUAACGUUCCGCGGCAUGUGGUGAGGAAACUGAGACCUUUUGAUAGAGAAGCUGGAAUUUUCAAGAAGAGGCAUACAUAG